AUGCAGUUCUCUUUCAACGUUCUACUUGGACUGUUGGGCACGAUCUCGUUCGCGUCAGCGGCUUCGUUCGAUCUUCAUUAUGUUCCGCCACGAGAUGGCAUGAGCGCGGAGGAGCGGCAUGCUGCUGUCGCAGACCAUUUGUCGAAGCGCAUUGCCAGUGGUGUCUACGCGGGUCUCGGCAACGAGACUGGUGUAGACAAGCGCAGUAGGACGGCUUCGAUGGAUCUUGGUUCGAACAGCAAUGGCGAUGUGUGGGCUGUGAAGGCAAAGUUUGGUUCGAACGAAGCAGAGCAGACCAUGAUACUUGACAGUGGCUAUGCGCACACACUGAUUGCAAAGAACUCGGGCUACAAUCCGGAUGAUUCGGACACUGUGAAGAAAACGGGUGAGGACUUUAAUGCUAAUUUUGCGACUGGUGCGGGAAACGAAGGGACCAUCUUGCGUGACGACGUCAGUGUAGGUGGGUUGACGGCGAAAGCACUUGCUUUUGGCUACACGGACUCGCACGACUUUUCGAGUGACGACAACUUGAAUGGUGUUCUAGGCAUUGCGCUGCCGAAUCACUAUGAGUCCGCUGUAGCGUUUCUUUGGCAUGGCUGGCACGGCAUUGUGUCGGUUCUAAAGCACCAGGGUGUGACGGAUGAAGCCAAGUAUCAAGUCACGUUGAAGAAGGAUGGUGGCAAGUUCUCGAUCGGCGAGGUGGAUGAUUCGCUGUACGAGGGAGAGCUGAAGAGCGUGUGGAACUUGGGCCGCUUUCGAGGUAUGUGUGGCUUCAAGGGGAGCGUCAACGGCGAGAUUCGCGGCUUUGUGAUUGAUACAGGUUCGCCUGGUAUGAUGGCUUUGGACUCGGAGAUGAGGCGUUUUUUGGACAGCCUUGACGGAGUCGAGACCUCGACAAAUAGCAAGACUGGUACUGUGACAGGCAAGUUUAACUGCGACAGUCCGCCAAAGGUAAAGAUCAAUGUGGAUGGGAAACUAGACGUUGAAAUCCCGGAGGAUGUGCUUACGAUGUACGACGUUGGUGACGGAAAGUGCAUGCUGCCAUUCUAUGGUUUCAAGAACGUAGGGGUGUUUUUCAAGUUUAACUGGCUGAUUGGGGCCCCGUUCCUGCGCCAGGUGUCGUAUGUGUGCGACUUUGACUCGAAUCAUAUGCAGAUCGCGAAGCAGGCGUCGAACUAA